CAUGAACUUUAAAUUUAAAGUGCUCCAAAAAGUCCCGUAGACGAUCAUUUUCAUCUUUUUCAAUUUUACAUGUCAAUAGUGUUUUCAGCAAAUAAUCAUUCGUCAAUAUACCAUUAAUUCGUUCUCUGCCUCUUUGAAGACCCCUCAUCUUCCUGCGAGCCACUUUCAGAGCUUUUAUAUAGAGUCUUUGGCUGUGUUUUCGUGUAGAGUUUAGUAAACAUGGGUUCGGAUUCAGCAACAUCGGCAUAUUUCAGUAAAGCCUCACGAGGAUCUUCGUCUUUCAUGUCCGCAAGAGGAACAUCACUUGUAUUUUCUUCGACCACUCGACCAAGUUCAGGUUGUCUAGAGCGCUUAGGGUCUUUCCGGACGGCAUUACGUUGACGACGAGAAUUGUAGUAGUAGUUUGUUACCGAUUCAUUUGAUUCCUCAACUAAUCCAAAUUCAUUAGCAUCACCGACAGAGCCACUAAGGGCAUUGAUAUGUACUGUGUUUUGUAAAUCAUCAUCGACAUGUUUUAUUUUUGGUGGUUUUGAAGCAGAAUCUUUUAUUCCGCGGACAGAUCCAGAUGCUGAAAAUAAAACAACGGAUUCCCCAGUAGACAACCCAACAGCAAUUUGAUUAAUUCUAUCAUUCCAAGAAACGGCGUUAACUGAAUGACGAACACUGCUUUGCACAUCAAAUACUAGAUCAGCCUUCUUCUCUAAAGUGAGCGCAUCCAAGACACGUAGACUUCCAUUGCUAUCUUCAUUAGCCGCCGUUCCUAGUAAUAUGUGUUUUCUAUCAGGAGAAAAUAUAGCAUUUGCACCGGCUUUUGGAGUAGGUACGUCCGAUACCUGCUGUAAUAGAGUUUUCGUAUUUCUCAUGUCCCAAAGUGAUACGACAUUGUCCUCAUAUCUUCCAAGAAGGUAAACUCCGUCUGCCGAAUAACUUAAAGAAGUAGCACGGACUUGUGACGUGUGAGCCUGAGGUAUUUUCAAGGAUGGGUGACGGGUUCGCGAACCUCUCUGCCAUACUUCCAAGGUUCCGUCAUAUGCAGCAGUUACAAAUUGAUUAAUUUCUAUGGGAUUCCAUGCACAACUAGUAAUUGGUGAUCUGUUUAUUCCAGUUCUAGAAGCCUCAGAUAUAUGAGAAAAUACCUCAACUUGCGAUUUUGUUCGAUUAACAUCCCAUAUUCUAGCAGUAUUAUCGGCACCACAUGUCAAAAACCAUUGGGUGCUGUUUGGUUGCCAGCUUCCGUCUUCUAUUUCUGAAAUAUGCCCCUUAGUGCUAUACAUAUCUCGUAUAUAUUGGUCACCUUUAGCAAAUUGCGUUAUGUUCGUUCCAUUUCGAUCAUAGAGAACAGGUCGCGAGUGAUUAAACAGGGCUAAUAUUUGGUUUUUUUGGGAACAAUCCAGUUUUUUUACAGGGUAGCGACCUACAUUAUCAGCAUUUGUGUUAGUUGGGUCAAUCACAUGGAAUGGACGAGGACUAGAAGCGUCCAUUCCACCAAAAUCCCAGCAGGAAAUGGUGUUAUCUAAAGAUCCCGUAUAAAGUCUAGUUCCAUUAUUGUCGAACGUUGUGGUUGAAACAAUCUGAUGUAGUAUGUUAGAUAAUUGAAUGAAGUUAAUGAAAUUAAGUGUACAUACCUUUGAAUGACUUGGAAGAACAACAUGGUGAGAACAUGGUAUAUUUAGUUCAGACUCUACUGUCUCAUCUUCACUAUCCCAUCCUUCAGAGUCAGAGUCAGAGUUCUCAGGGUUCGAACCCGAUUUUGAAGUAUCAGCUACUCUGUCAUUAUCGGAACCUUCUCCUUCAUUGGAGUUUUUUAUAUUAGAAAGUUUAUUCCAUUCUCUUGGGCGAACAAAGCGUUCUACGAGUGCGGCUGCAUUGUAAUGUUGUGCCUGUUUUCCAAAUGUAAAAGGCACCGAUUCGACAGGUUCUUCAGCAAUUGGAGAAUUAGAACGACUUGACAUAGGAAUUCCGUUAAAUUUACUUCCCUAAAUCAACUUAAUGUUGGUUUGCAGUUUUCUUUUCAAAUUAUGGUGGUGAGGACCACCGAACUAUUUUAGGACUUAGAAACAACUACGUUUUUGAAAUUGUUGAUUUCUUCUUAGUUCUGACUAUUAUUAAUUGUUAUUCUAUAAACUAUCUUCGGUACAAUAAGUGGGAAUCUACCAUGUCAAUUCCUUUUGUUAGUUGCCUACGGAAAGUAAUACACUAAUCCUAGCCUUUUGAAAGUUUUUUAUUUUAAAUUUUCCCAAUCGCAACUUUCUUUUUAUGUUUUUUUUUUUGGCUUUCUUAAAAGAAAAAAAGUUUUCAAAAUACAAAAAAAUUCUCAAUUAGGUCUUGUUCAUGGUCUUCACUUUAUGAACUUGCAAGGCUUACAACUACCAGGAAGAGAGCAUGCGUUGUCACCGGAAGUUAUUGACUUAACAGAGGAGACACAUGAUCCAGAUGCAAACGAAGUUUUAGAGGUACCGUUUUUGGAUUUAACUAGGAUUUCAGAAAUUAGACCUAGACGAAGACAAAGGACUGAAGAUGAUUCUGCAAUUGAGGAAACAUCUUCCACUCGUUCUAUUUCAAACCGAGUUGGUCGGCCUCCAGUGUCAGUAGGCGGUGGUAUAUUCUGGACAAGACAGCGAAGAAGGGCUUCAUUACAAAGGUUAACAGGGCAGCCUUCUUCAAAGCUUCAACCCCGUAUUAGCAAACCAGUACCGGCCUCUGGCUUCACUUACGAUAUAAAGCCAGAAAUGCUUCUGGUGUGUGUCUUAUGCAAGACGGAACUAGCUAAUAGUGGACUGACUUCAAUAUUUGCUUCAAAAUGCGGUCAUGUCUUCUGUUCCUCAUGUACGAAAGAUCUUCGAAAAAAAACUCAACCAUGUCCGGUGACUCAUUGUGAUAAACGUAUCACAAAACGAGCUCUUUUUCCUCUAUAUAUUUAAUGAGAUGAUCCACGUUGUAUAUCCCAAAUUAUAUCCUAUGUUUCUUUGUGCACACCCGCUAAGAAAGAAAUGAACCUACGGUCCUUUUUUUGUAAAUUUCCCACGUCAAAAAAGAAACAGAAAAAAUGUAUAUAUGAGAUAUUAUGGAUGAACGAUAUUAAGCAUGGAAUGAUAAGCUGUUACAGACGACGGAUGAUAAUGAAAGGGGCAAGUAAUUUAGUGAUUUUUGUAUCUAAUAAACAAGGUACGAAGGUUCUUAUAAAAGGAUGGAAAGAGGUCUAUAUAUUACAGUAUCCUGCUAUUUUUAUAAUUGUGAAAACCCUUAUGGUUCCCUCUAGCAGAGACUCAGAUGCAUUGCACUCUGGAAUGAAGGGUCAUAUCAUGUGUUUUUAGCCAAACUCGCGCUUGCAGUUUCUUUUUUAAAUUUUGAUUUUGGUUAAUUCUUUAACAUCGAAAUGGAUUGAACUGUUUUUCCCUUUAAGCACCUAUCAACGGGAAGAAAAGAUAUUUAUAUGAAUUAAGAUCCAAAUGAGAGCAACGUUUCUAGUCAACACAACUAUGUUUUGAUUGAAUUAGUCAUAAAUAUAUUGUCCAUUCGCUUGAGAAAAUAAUGAGGGGGCUUAUUUUUUGAUGCAGAGCUGCAUGUUAACAAACGGUUUUCCCCUAUACAUCAGGUUUAUAAACUAUAAAAUCUUUGUUUGCUUUUAUAAGACAAAAGAUUUCUAAUUUUUUUCAUGAAUAUCUCUCACGUGCAUUGCUGGUCUUCAAAUGUUAAAAUUCUGGCGAUCGCAUCUGACAGAUCCAUGCAAUAAAACGACCACGAGAGCACACUUUCGAUGAAUCCACCUAUUUAUCAAAUUGGUUUUAUUUAUACAUUCUUAUUUUUUUUUUUUUUAAAAAAAAAAACUAUAAUAAUACAACUUCAGAUUA